AUUUUACACGAAUGGACUUACUAUUACAUUUUACGCAAAGAAUCUCAAUAGAUGUUAAAACAAGCUGAACAUAGAACGACAGUUAUAAUCAAUAAGAACAAAAUGGAAAGGGUAUCGGUUAAAAAUCAUAAGCACUGUAAAUCUGACUGAAAUAACAUUUAAACAAGAUGUAAGUAUGAAUAAAAUAUCAGUGUGCUUGAAAGGCGGAAAUGUUGAAUUACAUUGAAAGUAUUCGUUUUAUGUAAAACACGAAGUCAUGGUGGUGCAACAAUAUUCAUUUCCGGAUUAUAUUUAACAUUGGAUUGAACACAGUUAGCUAUUAGUGGAUAUAACGAUCAACAAUAAACGACAAAAGUCGUGAAUAAUUGCCAAAUAAACACUGCAUUGUUAUAUUUCUUAGCAUAUGAACAGAAUCACUCGGGUAUUAUUGAUCUGUCAAAGGAUUACUGAGUAGAUUGAAUGAAAUAUAACAACCAGUGAUCUUCGAAUAGAUAUGUAACUUGUCAAUUGAUUGGUUAACGCAAUCGUCCAAUGACCUUUGGAGAUACAAAUGUAAAUAUUAUUACUAGACAUCAACGUUAUUUACAAAUGAUUAUUUAAAAUGAUCAUGCAUGGCUUUAUUAAGUGGAGAAGUCGUCAGCUGAUAUAACAAGAAGGUUCUGUAGAAAUUAAAGAAAUAUGCCGUAAAUUAACUUAGGAAUUAUAAAUAGUAUUACAGACAAAUAUUCUAUGCAAAUAUGAAAUAACUUAAUGCUUUACAAUAGGAAUAUCAUACAGCUUGGCAUUUCAAAUGGAGAAUAGAAAAAUAAAAUAGGAAAUAUUAUCUCAAAAAGGGACAGAAAGUUUAUCAUAUUGUACAGCUUUGAUUCAGGCAUGGAAUUAACAACAUUUUACAAUACAACUUUCCAAGAAAAUAUCACGGAAACACCACAUAAAAUUGGUGGUCCACAAAUCAAAAGCUUGGGACAUUUAGUCGGAACUUCCGUUGUAUUAGGACUAAUGAUAUUAGCCACCAUAAUCGGAAAUGUUUUUGUGAUAGCCGCUAUUAUUCUGGAGAAAAACUUGCAUAAUGUUGCUAACUAUUUGAUAUUAUCUUUGGCUGUAGCGGACCUGAUGGUAGCCACACUAGUGAUGCCGUUAAGUGUAGUAUCCGAGGUUAGUGAAGUCUGGUUUCUAGGAGGUGAAGUCUGUGAUAUGUGGAUAUCCUUUGAUGUUUUGUGUUGUACAUCUUCUAUUUUACAUCUUGUUGCAAUAUCUGUUGACCGAUAUUGGGCUGUCACCAACAUUGACUAUAUUAGAAAUCGAACUGCAAGACGAAUUCUGCUGAUGAUUGCCAUGGCAUGGACAGUGGGCAUGUUUAUUUCUAUUCCACCUUUGUUUGGUUGGAAGGACGAAACACCUUCGCCUGAAUUUACGGGGAAAUGUAUCAUAAGCCAAAUAGACAGUUACACCGUGUUUUCAACAAUUGGUGCCUUUUACUUGCCGACAGUUGUAAUGUUAAUUAUUUAUGUGAAAAUUUUCCAAGUAGCAAGAUCUCGAAUUAGGCGGAAAAACUUUAAUAAAAAACAAUAUGCGGCAAACAAGAAUGUUGACGAUCUUGCAAAAAGUAGUCUUUUAAAAGCACCGCCAUCACCUAUCAAUGGACAUACAUGUUCAACAGACAUAACGUUGAUAAACGAAACAUCUUGCAAUGGAAUGGUUAACGGAAAUUCAGACAAGAACGACAACUCAAAGGUUCAUUCGAAUGCUUUGGUUGAACAGGUUCCAACACCGAAGGGAGAUUCUAUCGCUGCUAAAGCAAAGCGCGCAAAGGAAAAAUUAGAAAUGAAACGUGAGAGGAAAGCAGCUCGGACUCUUGGAAUAAUCACAGGUGCAUACAUUGUUUGUUGGUUGCCAUUUUUUCUGAUAGCUUUAAUUGGACCUUUAGGACAAUAUGAAUUUCCGCCUGUUUUACAUUCGAUAGUGCUUUGGUUGGGCUAUUUUAAUAGUUUGCUAAAUCCUAUAAUUUACACAAUUUUUAGUCCUGAGUUUCGACACGCUUUUCAUAAAAUAUUGUUCGGCAAAUACUCACAAAAAUCGCAGAGAUAAAAUUCACAUUAUUUCAUUUAAUUGAAAAUAAAUUUAUGAACAGUAUAGCAAACUUUCGCAUUAUUUAUUCAUUAUUUAUACCUUUUAUUUAUUAUUUUGAUGAUUUUAAUGUUAUGUGUUUAUGAAUUAUUCUGAUUUAACGAUAAAUUGAUCAAAAUAUA